AUGUUGCGUGGAUCAUCCUUGUCUGAUUCAUGCACAUGUCCAAAUUCUCCAGUUGAUGGUGUUUGCUUUCCAGGUAUCACACCGACAACAACAACUGACACCUCGAAAUCAGCUUCCAGUACAAGUCCUGUUGUGCCUAAAGGAUCUGAUACUUUUACACUGAUACUGCCAGCUGGUGAGACAAGUUCACAGAAAGGAAUAUCUUCAAGUUAUUUUGAGAAACAAGCACGUUCUGCAACAGCUUUCUGUUCACCUGCAUAUAACAAUAUUACAGCAUGUCAAUUACUCGCUAAUCUGUGUACUCUACAACUCAAUACCUUAUAUGGAGCUGCUACUGAUUCAAGUAGUACGUGUUAUGAAUUUCAAAAGUUAACUACACAACGAACUUCAAUUAGUAGUGAUUUUACUAGCUGGAUGAAUAAAAUGCCAUGGCUAUAUUAUAGCCCAGCAAAAGGAUCAACAGUUCUCAAAGAUACCUCAUUAACAGCCAUAUAUAAGCCUAAUUCUGAACUGAAAGUUUAUUUAGCUGCAUUUAAAGUAAACGGGGAGUUUUUAGGCUUUCAAGAUGCAACACAAGGUGGACAAUUGCAGUUGUGUAAAGAUACAUCAGCUCGAAUGAAAGCUGCCUAUCAGUUUGCUACUGCAUAUCAACAAACCUGUGAAUUGAAUGUUGAUGAUUUAUUCAGCAAUGAGAAAUAUCCGCUAAUAUUUUAUGAUCCAUACAUUUACUUUUAUGAUAAUACAACGCAAGCGGGCAAACUUGUCCCUAUCCCAAUACGUAAUACAGCUGUAAUUGAUAAGAAUGCAAAUUUUCCAAAUCAAAUUACAACAACAGAUCAGAAUAGUUUAAAUGAAGCCCUGGCACUGGGGAAUACAGCGUCAGCUGUGUCGAUUGAAGCUGCAAUACAAGAUAAAUGGGAGUUGACACGUCGUUUGUUUAUGGUGGAUAAUUUUGCUGGCGUGACAUCUUCAUCAACGACAAUGCCUCAAUUAGUUCGUUAUGCAUCAAAUAUUGAAAUAAAAGUAACAACACAAGAUUCUUCUACAGAUGGACAAAUAUUUCCACCAAUUAUCAAAAUUGAUUAUUCAAAUUUAUACCUAAGUGAUGAUUAUGGUAAAGGGAAACAGGUUCCGAUAACCUUCUCAGUUACCUAUGCAAGUUCUAUAGCUAAACAAGCCGCUUUUGAUCAAGCUUUACGUAUUGCAAUGGGUGUAAUGUCCACGCUGGCUGCAUGUUAUGCCAUGAUACGUACAUGGAUAUGGUCACGUCGAGCUGGUGUAUUACGUUUAGAUGCUAUGCUGAUUAUCAAGUUAUUAUUAUAUGCUGCUGGAAAUAUUGCCAAUGCUUUCCUUAUCGUUAUCUACUUUGUUUCAAUUUAUUUUCUAAUAUUUUAUAAGGUACAAAGUGUAUAUGUUAUCAAUUUACCAAAUUCUGAUGAUUUUAUUUUAAAUUAUAUUGCCGCAGCAUUUGCAUUGAAAUGUGUCGAUUUAAUACAUUUGAUAGCUGUUCAAUGUACAAUGGAUAUCUUUUUAAUUGAUUGGGAACCACAAAAAUAUCAUCCUAAAAGUAGUACAGCCAAUAUUAACAAUAAUGCAGCAUCAACUACCGAUAUGAUGACGACUUCUAGAAGUCAAUCGUUGAGACGAUUCAAUGUGGCGAAUGAUGGCAUUGAUGAAUUAGAGGUACGUUAUAAACGUGAGCUGAAAUCCCCACUACCAUCGCAUCAUAUAGAAGACACGGGGAUAUCUGUAUGGCGAACGAUCUACGUGGCCAAUGAAUGGAAUGAAAUACAAACACAUCGUAAAACGAAUUAUUUAAUCACUUUAACAAUUGUGUUGAUUCUAAUGCAGGUUGUUGGAUUAGAGAAUUUAGCUUCAAAAGAUGCCAAAUCGUAUGUUGUCAUUAAUCCGUAUGAAUAUCAAAGUCCACAAAGUCGAAUAUUCCGUGUAGCUCUUAUACUUUCAAUAUUUGCAGUAUCCGGUAUCCUUCAAUGGCUUUUAAAUAUUACAAUAUGGGAGAAAUGUUUCUCUGAUAAACUACGCAGUUUCGCUGAUUUAUGCAGUGUAGCCAAUGUCUCCGUGUUUCUAUUCGCUCAAGCUAAUUUCGGCUAUUACAUCCACGGUCAUUCGCCGACUGGUUGCUCAGAUGUCGAUAUAGGCGGGAUAACACAAAUCCUGUCAGUUGAAAGUGAAGGGAUAGCACCAAAACGUGGCAUCACCCCGGAUUCUGAUGAUCAUACCUAUCGAAUGGCUUUACCCUCCGGGCUGAGGGAAACAUUCGAUCGAUUGUAUUCGCCUCUGCUGAAUUUAACAGUGAAUAUUGAUAGAUGGGGCAAGCAGCAAAUGUCAUCGUCUCAAGUGAUUACAAAUGAAGUUUAUCAAAAUAUUAAUCGAUUUUUGAAAAGAUUCAUUUCACGAGAUGAUCCCGAUGGAUUACGUUAUAGAAUCGUCCGUCGUAAAGCAUUUGAAGAUAUUUUGGACGGGGAAUUUGAUAAUACAACAUUUGAAGGAUUAUUUUAUAUCGAUGAUGGAAAUUCAUUUGGUGAUGUCCUGUACUAUGGCAAUGAAUGGCUCCUGUUUACAUUCGAUGCAAUUCUAUUCUGUCUAGUUGAUUUACUAAGUCAAAAUUUAAUAUUAUCUGCAUUUUUUGUUAUACUCGUUAGCAAUAUAUUUAAAUUAUUACGAAAUGAUCUUGGACGUCGUAAUACUGCAAGAAAAACGUUGAUUGAUGAACGUUUCUUAAUUUGAAAUAUAUACACAAAUAUUUGUACUUUGAUUUUAACAUAUCAACUCGGUGUAAAUUGAACAUGUAAUGAAAGUUUCUUAUUAUGAAAUAAAAU